UCUAGAUCACUUUUAAGUCACAGGCUUCAAAGUGGUGGUUUUAGAUUUCUUGUUGCAUAUUUCCUUCCUACCAACACUCAGUUACUUUAGCAUCAGUAAUAGAAAUACAGAACAACAUUUUUUAAAAGUCAGAGUCAGGGUAAGCCUUCAAAGUCCAUAGUGAGGCACCUAAAAGAUUAACUUUUUUUUCAAGGGUAUUGAGCAGCUAACAAAUUCUUUGAAGAGAACUGGUUUCAUCUAUGCAUGAAAUUUCCCUUUGAUUCAUUUCCUUUGAUUCCCUUUCAGUUAAUGUCUAUAUGUUUGAGAAACAACUUGGUUACUUAUAGAAUCAUUAUGUUUUGCCUGAGUCCCUGCUUGAAAGCUAUAGUGAGGAGAAGUCAAGUCAAAUAAACAAGGUUUACAUGUAUUUCCAAAUAUGUGGAGGCCUGGACUAAAAGAACAAUGAAAGCAUUUUGUUUGUAUAUUAGAAAUUAUAAGUAGCAUUUUUAAAUAUACAGAUUUAAAAGGCUUUUUGCACAAUUGGGCAUGAGUUACAUAUUAAUAUUAAGAAAUAUUUACGUGCAAUUAAAAGUUGCUUGCUGAUUGGAUAAUUUCACUAAAAUGGUUUCUGAAGCCUACAGUCUUCUACCUAUGGCACGUGCUGGCAUCUGAUGUCAUAACUGAAGGUAUCUAUGGCAACUUUCCAUGGUACAAAUAAAUUAUUUUACAUUAGGACACAACCUCCUUACUUGGCACCUGAGAAGAGGCACAGAUGGGCAGUGUAGCUUAUCCUGUGAUUGUUGCCAAUUACAGACAAAGUCCUACCAGGAAGAAAAAGGGAGAUACUGAUCACAACUCAAGGAACAAACAACCACCUACACCUCAUGUUGAUAACAAACCCCCUAAAGUACAGACACACCAUCACUUUAAAGUGAGCAGGAUUCAGGAAGACCAGAAAAGAAUUGCUAGCAUUGAAAGAGAAAACAGGAAACUUUUGGAGAAGCUAGCUGAGAUAUACCGUGGAAAAGGGAUAGUGGAUUGCUGGAAUGAAUACCACCAAAAGAGCUCAAAUAGAGAGAAACAGAACAGGGAAAUAGUGAAGAUCACUUUGGAAAACCAGAGAAUUCUGAAGAAACUUGGUAGCCUCAAAGCUACUUAUGAUCGUAGGAAGUAUGAGAUUGAUUGGCAGAACUCAAGGUGCUAUAUCCGGAACACUUCUCGGUAUCUUAUCUCUUCUCGGGAUGGCUAGGAGAAUAUGCCAUGCAUGGAGAUUCAGUGGAGAUUCAGCACAUCUUGUCCUGUAAAGGAUGUAUGUAACAACUGACUGAAGUUGUCUUGGAAUUUUAGAAUAAAUUGGAGCAUUGAGUGAAUUCAGUAUUUUCUGUAGAGGUGAACUCCCCCAACUCAAACGUACAUUUCAUACACCGUAUACAGUUAGCAUUGCCAUAAUUUAUUAUGAUUUUACACACAACACUAGACCUAAAAAACCCUCACAUGACAGUUCUAAGCUAAAAAAAGUGAUAAUGUCUAAGUACAGGUUUGCUGCCUACCAUAAAUUUGA